CAGUGUCCCAAUUGAAAGCCGAUUUACGAACAAUUAGGAAAAAGAGGGCAUUGGCUUUUCCAGAUGGAAGUACAUUUACGAUCACAAUAGACGCGGCCACGACCUUCCAGACCCAUGUGCCAGCAGGCUGGUAUCUCGCAAUGGAUUUGGACUUCGUGUUCCACUUACCUGAUGAGAAAUUCAGAGCUGCUCUUUCGAGGAGAAAGCUUCAUCAUCGACAGAAGCGAGAGAUUUGGGAGAGAUUUCAGGAGGCUUUGUAUUUGCAUAACUUCGAUGGAUAUUCCUGUCUGCUUAAAAGUGUAUGCGAAGCAAAAUUAUACAUACUUCCACCAGGGCGGUCGUUGGUACAUGACUUGUUACGAGUAGUUUUUUCUGCUCCAGUGCACGAAGAUGAGUUCAGAGAAGAAAUGGGAGGUCUGUACGAGAAGUUGUAUGACCCUAGCGUCUGUGAAACUGUACACGAAUGUCCAAUUUCUAUUUUACAAUUUAUGUUGUUGCUCAAUAAACAGAAGUAUUAA